AGCAACAGAGUGGAUCAGGAGCGAAAUAAACAUGAAACCGUAUGUUUCUGUCCUGAUUCUAUAUUUUGUUUUUUGUGUAACAACAGUAUAUAGUGUAAAAGUGGCGUCUGAUAUAAUAAUAAGCAAUAAUAAGGACUGUGAAAAAUUCAAGUGCAUACCAAAAUGUUGCAACGCGACCGAUGCACUAAUGGUCAACGAAACAAGAGCCUGCGUCCCUUACACGGGUAUCUUUGAUUUCAAUUACACGGUUUACAACGAUGAUUUAUACGAAAUCGGAAAAUCGUUACAAGAUAUUUAUCAUCUGAAGCCCGGUAUGUUUACGAACGACACUUUCAUGGGAAACGCAUUCGAUUUUAAGCCAUUCGGCCUGAAGUAUUACUUAACGGAGGACAGUAUAGUGUAUUUGGAAAAUCCAAACGCAUUUAAAAGAUGGACAUCUUUGGACACGAAUCAUUUUUGCGUCGACUACGUUCAGUACGUGCGGAAUGGGAACAUCAGUGAUCCCAACAUUAGAUUCUAUAUAGUUCUUGAUCCUGAAUACAUGCCAGAGAGUAAUGCAUUCUUUACCACCGCACUGCUCAUCUCGUGCGUGUUUCUGGCUCUGACACUAAUCGUAUAUUCACUUCUACCUUCACUGAGGAAUCUUGCCGGCAAAGUACUGAUGGCGUAUGUGGGGAGUUUGCUGGGAGCGUUCCUAUUGCUAUCUGUGAUUCAAAUUGGAGAACAUUCGGUUAUGACUUGCAUUGGUUUAACUUUUUCUACAUAUUUCUUCUUCUUAUCAAGCUUCUGCUGGAUGAAUGUGAUGUCAAUCGACAUCUGGUGGACUUUCAGAGGUUACGCUAAAGCACGUGCGAUUCACCGUCGAGGUGAAAACUUCAAAUUUUGCAUGUAUUGUAUUUAUGGUUGGGGUUUACCGCUGUUGAUGACGAUAGCGUGUGCCGUUCUGAAUGAAACUGAUGUUUCGCACCUUCCCUGGCUGAUUACACCAAAGAUACCUAGAAGCGGUUGCUUCUUAGAAGGGGGCGAAAAGUUGUUAUACCUUUACGUACCGAUGUUAAUCUUGAUCGCUAGUAACUGGAUAUUUUUCCUGAUGACUACAUUUAACAUCUGGCGGCUCAGUCGUGGCAACGCCGUCUUGAACUCGGCCGCGGCAGGUAUGCCCUCCGCCCAUCGCUUCCAACGACACAGAUUUUCUGUCUAUCUAAAACUGUCAGUGAUCAUGGGCAUCAACUGGAUAUUAGAAGUGGUGAGCUUCUUGAAGCCGCAGUUACAAGUUUGGUACAUCACCGACGCAUACAAUUUAUUAAUCGGUUUGGCCAUAUUCAUCAUCUUCGUAUGCAAAGCCAAAGUCAACAACCAGCUUCGCAGAAUUUUAAGUGACCGCUGGAGUUUCAAGCGACAGACCUCGGGAGCGUUAUCACGGAAUCAGAACAGUAGUAUCACCAUGGACUCCAAUCUGAGCACAGAAGACACGAAAGUCAACAACAACCCGCAGAGCAAUUGGAAACAAAAUCACUCAAACUAUUAGACUGUAAUUUUAGAUAUUUAAAACAAGUAUUCGUUCCCAGUCGCGUUUUAGUCCACUGCUGGACUAAUAUUCUCAAUCUCUCCAUGAUAUGGGUCUCCAAAUUUCGUAUCAAGCGACUUGCCGUACUCACUACGUCGUCUCUUCUGGAAAUGGUGUAACAUCUGACCGCCAUUUUACCAUUUUCCAUAUGUCAAAUAUUUAUUUAAAUAUUAAAUAAUGGUUUGUGGUUAAUAUAGUUACCUGAUAUUAUUAAAAAGUAAAAUAAUGUAAUUGUAUACAUUGCUGACAAAUCACUAGGAUAAGGCUUAAAAGCUAGGAUAAGUUCGUCUUUCUUAGUGUAGUUAUUUUCCGUCAAAGAUUUAUGCAAAUUUAUGAAUGUGUGUGAAAGAAGACUCUAAUAAUCAAAUCUGUUCGAGGCUAAAUCGAUUUAAUGUUCUUGUAGAUACUUUAAUUUUUUUUAUCUAAAACAUUAGAUUUUAGAAUCAGUUUUAGCGCAGAUAAUUACUAUUAUUAGGGUAAUUUUAUAUUUAAAUGUUAGAUUUUUGUAUGAAAAUGUGAAAUUAUUAAUUUUAACUGAAAUUAAAAAAAAUGUAUUAUGUUUAUAUUAAUGAUACUUAAGAAUAAGUGAUAAAACACGAUGUUCGCUUACAGAAAAAUAAAACUGGUUAAUUAGGAAUAAAGGUUGUACCAUCUUACUAAUUAAUUGAAGUUAGUACUAAGCGUGUGCCACUAAUGUAGACUGCUAACAUCGUUUAUCAAACUAUGACAAUGUUCAUAUGCAUAGAAUACAUUUAUAUACGAGAAAAUGGAACAGACAUGCAAUAUAUAUACGUACGCAUCAGUGUAAUUAAAUAAAAGCUAGAAAUGUAC